UCUUCGGCGAAACGACGAAACGCUGUAGCUAUAGCCUGUCAAUGGGGCAAGGCGAAAAGUCACCAAAACGAAUUACUGGCCAUUUGCGCCAUCGAUGUUCUCACUGGCGAAGUCUUGAUCAACUCGCUUGUUGCACCCUUACAGCCAAUGCUGAGAUGGCUUGAAAAUGUGCAUGGCAUUACCCAAAAAAAGAUCGAUGCCGCAGUGGAGAAGCAUCAGUGUCUCCGCGGCUGGAGAGAAGCUCGAACGAAGCUAUUAGAUCACAUUGAUGGGCAGACCAUCCUUGUCGGGUAUACCGUUGGCUUUGACUUGGGGUUGUUGCGUUUGUUUCAUACAACAAUCGUCGACUCGCAGGUGCUCGCAACAUCUGCCGUCUUCCCCAAUCAAUGGGGAAAGAAAAAAAGACCGAAAUGGCCAAUGCCAAAGGUGUGCAGCGAUUUUCUUGGAAAACCCAUCAAACAUCAUGCGGUCUCUGAGAGCUGCACCGAAAGUGUGUUUGAGAAAGCACUGGUAUCUAGGGAGAUUGCACUGCAAUGCAUUCAGCGGCCUAGGGACUUUGAAGAGUGGGCG